CACUAUUCAGGGUCCGAGACACUCCUCGGUUAUCUAUUUAUUCAUUACAUUUACCAGUAUGUAAUACAUAGAAAAAAUGAAAUAUAGGAAAAUAUAGAGGGGGAAGUCAUCAAAUUUGCAGAUGACACCAAGGUAGGGGGAACACUAAGCAAGAUGGAUUCAAGAUUCAGAGAGUCUUGACAGACUUGAACCCUGAGCCCUCUCCAACAGCAGCCAAUUCAAUGGUGAGAACAGUGAGGUUUGAAAAAACAAAUGCACGUAUAUGGAAGGAGGUACCUGGCUCAACAGCAGUAACCAUGAGAGGGAUCUUGGCGUCCCAAUGGACCCUCAUCUAUGAGCCAGCAGUGUGCGGCAACUGCCAAAAAAGCUAAUGCAGUCCUAGACUGCAUCAACAGAGGGAUAAUAUAAAUAAAUAUUGAUACCACUUUCUAAUGCCUUGGGAAGACCACACUUAGGAUAUUGUGUUGAGUUCUGCUCACCACGAUAGAUGCGGAGAUUCUGGAAGGAGUGCAGAGCAACAAAGAUGACAAGUGGCCUAGAGGCUAAAGCACUCGAUGAAUGGCUGAAUCUAGUCUAACAAAGAGAGAACCAGGAGUGACAUGAUAGCAGUCUUCCAAUAUCUCAGGAGUUGCCGUAAAGAAGAUGGAGUCAAGCUAUUCUCCAAACCACCUGAAGGCAGGACAAGAAACAACGGAUGGAGACUAAGCAAGGAGAGAAGCAACCGGGAAUUCAAGAGAAAUUUCCUGUGGAACGACUUGCCUCCAAAGGUUGUGGGCGCACCAUCAUUGGAGGCUGGAAAGAAGAGACACUGGACAGCCAUUUGUCUGGGAAGGUACCGGGGCGCCUCCUUCAGCAGAGGGUUGGACUAGAGGGCCUCCAAGGUCCCUUCCACCUCGCCCAGAGAGUCAGGCCGCCUUUGCCUUUCAGGCGAGACCCCUGCAGCUUUCCUGAGAGGCAGCUGAGGGGCUUCCGGUCAAAGCUAACCGGCAAAGAGGCGACCAGAUUCCCUUUUGUCCUGGGUUUUUUGCCCUCGCAGCCCACGCGACCCUCAGCCUCCCCGCCGAGGAGCCCCCAAGAGGGGGAAACACCGCAGUCGCCCCGCCCCCCGCGUCCCCGGCCCCGCCCCCCUCGCCAGGCUCCUCCCUCCGGGCGGGGGGCGGCGGGGGGGGGCCGCGGCGGGCUUCGGGUUUCCGCUCCCGCUUAUUAAUAACGGCGCCUCUCCUCCUCUCGGGACAGCCGCGGCUGGAGGUGGCCGUGCCGGAGCGGCAGAAAAGAUGGCAGAUUUUGAACUUCCGGUGGAGCAGGAUAGUGAAGAAACCUUAGAGCCAAAUAUUGCCGGUGUAGGGACACUGCCAGAAUUUAACCAAGAAAAUGUUCCCGAGUUCUUCUACAUGGACCCUGUUAGUGCUCAGUUCCAACAAAAUCCAGAAAUUGCUGGGGCCUCACUGGGCUCUCUGGAUUCCAUGACUUGCCAAGACUUGUCUGCUGCUGAGAGCCAACAUGUGGACAUGGAAGAUCUUGGCGAACGUUUCCAGCAAUGCAUUGAAGCCGUAGAAGAGCUAGAGGAGGAGAGGGACUCUCUCAUUAAGGAACUCACACUCUUACGCCAACCGGCUCUCGAGGAACUCCAACGGGCCCAUGAAGAGAUUCUGGAAGCCUACAGGCUCCAUGCCAAAGUAGAGCUGGAGAAGGAUAACCUGCGGGAUGAGAUUCGACAGGUGAAGCAGAAACUAUUUAGGGUGACGCGGGAAUGUGUGGCAUGCCAGUAUCAGCUGGAAACCAGGAGGUACGAAGUCGCUCAGCACGUGGACUACCGAAAAGAACUGGAGAACAGAGUCAGCCAGCUCUCGGAAGAGCUGUCCCAGUUGAAAGAGACUUGUGAGGAAGAGAAGGAACAUUUUAGGCAGAGGCUGAAGGCUCCACGGCAUGAGAGGAGCAGCCAUCACCUCCAAGAGAGCCGGCGGCUUUCCAUGGAAUUUGAGAGUUUUGUACUGGAGAACCGUCAGUGCUUGGAGGAGCAUUACGAACCGAAGCUGAUGCGCCUCUUGGAAAGGAGAGAAGCCAGCAGCAAAGCCUUGCAAACGACACAGAGUGAAAUCCACAGACUGAAGGAGACCCUGAGGCCCUUGCAGGGAGAAGUCAGCAAGUUGCUACUGCAAAACAGGAACCUGGAGGACCAGAUUCUGCUGAUCAAGCAGAAGCGCGAUGAAGAGGUCCUGCAAUACAAGGAGCAAGUGGAGGAGAUGGAAAACAGAGUAAGGGAACUGAAGACUGGAGUUCAACUUCAGCAACUAAAGAACCAAGAAUUGGAAGAACUGAAAGUCAGUUUACAUCAAGAACUGUCCAUUUACAAAGGCUGCUUAGAAAUGUACGGGCAACUCUGCAAAUCGGAAGUGAAGAAAGAUGAAGACUGAAUCCUACACACGGCCAUCUUUCCUUCUGCUUAACUAAUAUGGACUCCAUCCGACUAAUACCGGUAGCAAACAAUAAGCAAGAUUUCUAGGAUGAGAGUUUGCAUUUUUACUGUCAAAAAGGAUUAUGAUUUUUGAGAUGUGGCCAUUAUGACAGACCUGAUACUAACAGACCACCAGAUAAGCAUUAUCAGCAAUUGUUAAAAUGUACUCAGAUGACAUGUCAAAACCUUUGUCAAUAUUUAAUUUUCUGUAUAAAACUUGCUUAUGAGCAGGGAAGCGAGCUUUUUGUAGACUUGCAAUGUAUGUUACUAAGAAACAAAACUUCAAUCAAAAACUUUUCAUACAAGAACUGCUUUCCUUUAGGAUUUUUCAAUCUAUGACAUUCAAUCAGCAACCAUUCCAAGUUAUGACACCGAAAGAAUGGUAAUUACGUCAUUGGACUUCUGGCUGUCCCAGCAGCCCCACAAUCACGAUUGCAACUUGGGUGCUUGGCAAUCUAUUUGCACUUACAACCGUAAUAGCUCAGGCUGUAAGGAGCCUGUUAUUAGAACACAGUAGUCUGCAAUUACUGCAGGUUCGAGCCCGGCCCAAGGUUGAUUCAGCCUUCCAUCCUUUAUAAGGUAGGUAUAAUGAGGACCCAGAUUGUUGGGGGGGCAAUAAGUUGACUUUGUAAAUACACAAAUAGAAUGAGACUAUUGCCUUAUACACUGUAAGCCGCCCUGAGUCUUCGGAGAAGGGCGGGAUAUAAAUGUAAAUUAAAAAAAAAAAAAACCAAUUGCCAAGCACACCGUGAUCACCAUUUGCAACCUUCCUUGUGCACUUCUCCAGAAAAAUCAACAAGGAAGCUAGCAGGGAAAGUUUAUUUAUGUAAGACAAAUUUAUAUGGUCGCCCACUCACUCUCAAGGAUUCUGAACAGUAUACAAAAAUAAAAACCAAAAUUGCAAGUUUGAA